GUCAUGCCCGAAAGUUUGAUACAAUGCCCUCCAUGUUUAGGGGAAGUUGAGUUCUACUGACAACAGCAACAUGUGACGUACAGAAGACAUGCAGAUGUUCAAUGGAAUCUAUGCGUAGUUGACGGGACCGCGUGGGAAGCGACGGCUCGAUGAAACACAGUUGGACCUGUAAAGUUUUUUAGGUGAAUGGUUCGUGUAACACCCACCUAUAAAGCGGUCUGUUCUCGGUUAGACAAGCGGGCUGCUUCGGUUGAAACUAGUAUCAGAAUUAGUUUUCACGGAGUUGUAUUUGGACUGCAAAUAUGUUGUUUUUCUCUAAAACGAGGAACCCGCUGGACCGACGCUUUUAGGAUUGUUCUUCAGCCCUUUGCAGACCUCUGUCGCCGGGCGAGAGUCGGGCAUCGUCCUUUAGAGGAGUAUCAGAAUGAUAAAGCCCAAAGUGGGUCGGAUGUUUCUGGCGACAUGCGUCGGGUCGUUUUUCAUUCUCAUAUUAUACUUCCAGAACACCUCGAGAUCAGCUUCUGAACAGAUUUCGGGUCAGAAUGGUUUGCCAGUUAAAUCAGGAAGAAGUCCUUUGCAGACACUACAAGAAAAUGACCUGCUGGAGAAGUCUGCAGUGCAGGCCACUCUGCAGGGUCGAAGGGAACUCCUGGAGGAAACCUGUCAAACCCACACCCGCAAAAGACGCGUACUCGGCCCAGAGGACCUCCGCCACCUCAUAGUGGACGAUAAACACAAGCUACUCUAUUGCUAUGUCCCCAAAGUGGCAUGCACCAACUGGAAGCGUGUAAUGAUGGUGCUAACAGGCGAUGGGCGCUACCGCGAACCGCUGGCUAUUCCCGCCAACGUAGCUCACGUAGCAGGCAACCUGCGUUCACUCUCGGAGUACUCCACGGCCGAGAUCAACAAGCGUCUGCGCACAUAUCUGAAGUUCGUCUUUGUGCGCGAACCCUUCGAGAGACUCGUCUCGGCCUACCGUAACAAGUUCACCCGUAGCUACAACACGGCCUUUCAUAAACGUUACGGGACCAAAAUCAUCAGGAGACAUCGUGCCGACCCCCAGGCUGACGCACUGGAAAAAGGCAACGACGUCUCCUUCGAGGAGUUUGUGUAUUAUUUAGUAGACCCUCAGACUCAGAGAGAGGAACCGUUUAACGAGCACUGGGAAAGGGUUCACUCGCUCUGCCACCCUUGCCUGAUCCGUUACGACGUGGUGGGCAAGUACGAGACUCUUGAGCAAGAUUCCCGCUACAUCCUGAAGUUAGCGGAUGCCGAAGGAGAGGUGAAAUUCCCAGCCACCUCCAAGAGCACCAGGACCACGGGCGACAUGGCGGCCAAGUUCUUUGACAACAUCAGUCCUUUUUACCAGAAGAAACUCUUCAAUCUUUACCGAAUGGACUUCUUGCUUUUUAACUACUCGGUGCCGGCGUACUUGAAGUUGAGAUGAGGGUUUGAGCGUGUUUUAACCGAUCCCAAAUCUUGCGGGCACAGACGUUUGAAUUUUGCUCUUGUGUCUGGAUUCAAAUGAACUGCCUGGGGGAACCUGUAGAGGAUGCGUCUUGAAUAUGGCGCUGCCCUGGCUCCCUUGAAGCAAAAUUCAGCACUGUGAACAGAUUACUGCUGGCUGGGGUGUUGCCUCCCAUCCCAAAAGUUCACAAAAAACUGUCUGUAAUUCCUUUGGCUUUGGAACCUUUUCACUGAGCUCCAAGUAUGUGCCUUUGUCCUUCUGAAUGUUGAUAAGUGAAGCGGGAUUCUUCGUCAACGGACUAAUGCUAUGAAUGUUUCAUCUCUUUUAAUCUUUACCACCCAAACUGAUAUUUAUAGUAUUGUUUACAUAGCAUAUUUAUUGUGGAUUUUGUGCUUGAACUGGAACCAGCAAGGCUUUUACGUUAAUCUCGAAGAGAUUCCUUGCGGCUGAUCUCAAAGCCUCCUUUCUAACAUUCCCUGGAUAUGAUUUCAGACCAUAACCUCACUCCCCGAUCACAAAGGUAGUUUCCAAGUCUAAAUGUACCAAACCAUCAACAUUUUCAAUCAGAUAGCUGGUUGGAGUCAGAGGGUAAGGGUUGAAUUUAGACUUCUCUUGCAGUGGCAAACUGGGCGAGGCUGGCCGGUUUAGCUGAUCUGGAAUGAAACGGUGUUCUCACAGAGUCCACCCCUUUAUUUAGCAUGCAACAGGCAGGGUAAACAGUGCAUAGCUGUGGUUGGGGAAAGGUAUACCCUCAUCAGUGCGCCUCUUGUUGAGCUAUGGAUGCAGGGUGAGGUGCAAAUUACCCAAUGGGCAUUGCAGGUCAAACAUCAGCAUGAUCCUGGGAGGAAACACUCGUCUUAUGAAUUCGUAAUAAGGGUUGAAGUGCAAUAAGGUUUUAGUAAGGUACCAUUUAUGUGUUUGAUCUAUCCCCUCAAACUCCUAAAGUGUGUGAAAAUCAACCUUUUGUGUCUGUGCACUACAGUACAGUUUAAAGUCCUGCUAGUUUUCUUGACUUUAUGAAAUGCUAUUGUGGUUCAUUAGCACUUGGUGGGAAUUACUUUUUAAUAUAUAUAUUUUUUUUUCUCUCUUUUUUUUUCUUUUUGUCUGCGGAAAAGGCUAAUGACUAAUUUUUUAUGGUUGAAAUGGUUAUGAAAUAUUUCGAGAGAAUGAGUCUGACUAAUAUGUCAGACAGGCAGACUUGUCCUGGUGCACAGUGGGUACCUUGUGUGCCACAUUGCCUAACAAAAUUGCUCUUGGAAAUGCUUUGUGGGAAAAUAUUUUCAAUCUAGCUAGUUUUAUUGUUGAACUGGAAUCAUCCAGAGUUUCCUAAGGACAGAAAACAGUCAUCAAUAGUUAUGCUCAUAAAUGUGCAUUCCCCUUGCAGAAUAUGCAGUGAGAGCUUGUGCGUGUAAACUUUUUGAAUUGGAAGAUCGGGGUAAAUUGUACUUACUUUUUUCUUUCGGGGAAACGUAUAUAUUUCAUGUAGCUUUUAAAGGGAAAAAAAUUUUAAACAGAAUAUUGGCUAUUAAUGUAUCGUUUUACCAUCUUGAGCGUCAGUGAAUGUUUUCACCUUCACCCAAUUUAUCACGAUGAUAUAUUAAAACUGAUAAAUGAUCCUUCAGCUGAGACACUUCUGUUCUGAUACAAAUUGUUCACCUUGAUGUUUUUGAAUUGCUUGAAAUAUGAUAGGAAUCCCUUCAAAAAGGAAAAUUCAACGCAAAUCGGUCAUAUAGGGUACAUACAAUUAUAAUUAUGUGCUUGGGGAGAUGGCUUUUAAUGGUUGAGACUUUUGUUUUUGUAAUCAGGCUCCAAAAUUACAUAGAAAAUUUGGAUUAAGAUUUAUCGGCUAAUAUAUCAGUUAUCGGCUUUCAAAUUGUUGAUAUUAUUAAUAUUUGCAUCUUCUGCAAGGGGUAUAUAAACUUUCAUUUUAUAAACUUUCAUUAUUCUGAUGUAAAACAUUGAAUGUAUUAUAGGUUGAAAAUGUGAGUAUAGGAAAGCCUUUAAGUGUGUGAGCUGAGCUGUUGAGAGUGUGGCAAGAGUGUGUGCCAUUUGUGAUGCAACUAACAGUUUACACCUGUUUUGAAAGCUUGUGGGCAUACAUGUGCUGCAUAACUGUGAAUCCCAGAAUGGAGUCUUGCUUUGAAGGGUAGAAAUUUAACUUGUUUUUAGUUUUUUUUUUUCAUACGUCAACUCUUACCAUUUUAAUUAUGUUGCUUCUGGUACGACAGUGGAACUUUUUCUGGACAAAUUUUGAUUUUUUUUGUACUAUUAAGGACCAGGAGCCUCUUUAUAAAAUGUGCGUAUGCACAGAUUUAGUCUUAAAUUGUGCAUAUGCGAAAAAUGGUCUUUGAAAUGGAAAAGUGCUUAGGGUCUGAGCAGACAUACACACUUUUCCUUGGCAGUGAGUCGCUCGCAAUUCAUUAUGUGCCGUUUACAAGGCAGAGAUCUGAAACCAUUCAGCCCUGCACAAUUUCACGAUCUUUUGCGAUUUAUACAUUUACAGUUUUUCUCAGUCGCUUUGGUGCAUUUCUCACGUCACUAUUUACAUUUGCACAACAGUUAAUGCAGUUCUCAAAACAAUUAGUACAAACUGCAAAACUUAGUUGAUAACCUUGCUCAAAAUGGAUAACUCAUUCCUCAAAAGCAAGUAUUAAUGUCAUUGAAAGUGUCAUCAAGAUGAAAAGUCCUAACACCAGUGUUUAUGAACAAGCUAGUCAAAUAGAUCAUAGUAGAUCAGUGCACAUCUGUAAACAAUACAUCAUUCAUGCACAUCUCUUCUCAUCAGUGAAAGCUGAGGUUCACCUGUGAGAAAUUGUUCAAUUUAGGAUAAAGUUUUUUUUUAAAGGUAUAAAAAAUGUAAAAUUUACUUGAUGGAUUUUAACAAAUAGUUUAACAUUUCUAUAUGUGAUGACUCAAGCAAUGAAAUGAGGACUAUUAGUUUUAUAUGGAAUGAUUAUUCAGCAUUCACAAGUAUAGUUAAUUUGGACUGAUAUGACAUAAGCAAAUGAUAACGUUAUAAGACAGCAGAGAGUAGUAUGUAAGCAAUUGAUGCAUGUCCCAAAAGCAUUUGCAAUUUGUUGGAAGGAAUGAGAAACUGCUACUAUGAUGUGCACAAAUGACAAAAUGUUGUGGAGGUUGAACUAACUGUUGUGCAAAUGUAAGUGAUGUGAGAAAUGCACCAAAGCGACUUCUGGAAGAGAGGUGUACACACGUUUUUUGUGUGUAUGCUCAUUCUCUGAAUCACAUGUAGGCACAUUUGAGAAAUUAUCGUAAGAUCAAAUGUGGACUGUUUCUAUGAAACAUUUUAUAAAUGAGGCCCCACAACACUCAAACCGUGGAAGAAUCAUGUGAUUAAGGUUAAUUAUAAUUCAGAGUGACGAUUUUACAAGCGUGUACUGAAUAAAACUGCCACAUCAACAUC